AUGACCAUGGCGCCACUGGUCCAAGACUCACCGGCCACCUCUGUGGGCUUCAUUGGCCUUGGUACCGUGGGAAAGCCAAUGGUCAUUAAUCUCGCAAAGAAGUUGCUUAAAGGAUCUCAAAUUCAUGUCUAUGAUAUCGUCACGGCAGUCGUCGACGAGACAGUGGCUCUGUUCCCUGAUUCGAUCUGCAAAUGUGCAACCGCCAAAGAAGUCGCCGAGACAUGCGUAAAUUCAGGAAUUCUCAGCGCAUUUUCCACCUCCACGGCCAAACUCCUGAUCGACUCUUCCACCAUUGAUACGAGCACCAAUUUAUAUAUCAAAGAGCAGGUGUUGAAGAAAUCUCCACAAAGCUUGUUCUAUGACGCUCCUGUCAGCGGCGGAGUGAUCGGGGCCGUCGACGCUUCAAUGGCAUUCUUCCUCGGCUGCUCCGAGUCGGAUCCUAAUGUUUCUCGCUUGACUACACUCCUCUCCACUAUGGGCGGCAAGGUAAUCCCCUGUGGCGGACCAUCUCUGGGCCUCUCAGCGAAGCUUUCAAACAACUAUCUCUCUGGAGCCAUUGCAAUCGCCUGUUCCGAGGCAAUGGAUAUGGGCACGCGUGCUGGCGUCGACGCCCAUGUCCUAGCAUCAGUCUUUGGCGCUGGAACGGCUCAAAACACCAUCUGCGACAGGUUCAACCCCGUCCUGGGUACUGGAUCCGCAAUCGAAAACCCAAGAAUGACGACCCGCGCCCCCAAAGACACAUACGCUCAGCCCGAGUAUGAGGAGGCUCACUUGGCGACGUUUGCAGCCCCGAAAGGCUACCCUAUCGAGUCUGUGCUGCCCCCCGACGUGAAGAGGGAAACUUUUGAACAGGCCCUGGCCGAGUUUGUCGACGCCGUUGGCAAAGAUUAUGUCUUCAUCGGCGAUGCUCUCUCUCACUACAUCGAUCCCUACGACAUUUAUAUCGACGACACUACGGGGGGCCGUCUGCGCGUCAACGGAUCCAUCGCCUUUGACCUUCAUCGCAUGAACCGAGUGCUCGAAGUCAGCGACGACUUCUCCUACGCCGUGGUAGAGCCAGGUACUCUGGACCGUGGUACUGGCUUCGGCUCUCAUUCCGCCCAUCACCAAUCGGUUGCCGGGCUUGAGGUGCUGCUCCCUGAUGGAGAUGUCGUGCGUACGGGGCAAUUCGGCAUCACCCGCUCGCCCUCGGCCUUCCUGUCCAAAUUCACUUUUGGUCCGUCGAUUGAGGGUCUCUUCUUGCAGAGCAACUUGGGCAUCGUCACCAAGCUCAGCAUCUGGCUAACUCCACAACCACCUGCUUUCAUGGAAUGCACGAUUGGCGUUCCAGCUUUUGAGGAUAUUGAGCCCCUGGUUGAUGUCCUGGGACACCUCCGCCAGACCGGUGUUAUUCCUAACCUCGUCUGGGUCAUGAGCCUGCUUGAGCAGCUUUGCAUGUUUGGAAGGAGGUCCGACUAUUGGCAAGGCGAGGGCCCUAUUCCUCCAUGGAAGCUGGAAGAGAUUCGCAAGGCGAAGGAUAUGAGCUACUGGCAUGGCCGCUGGGGACUUUACGGUCCGAAGAGGAUCAUCCAAGCCCAGUUCGAAGAGAUCAAGGAGAUCGUGGCCAAGAGGGUUCCCCAGGCCACCCUCGUUGGCAACUUUUUCGAGGGCGAGAAUGGAGAGCUCCUUGACAACAAGGCUAUCCCAACCGACAAUGGGAGUCUCUUGGUCGGUAUCCCAAGCCUUUGGAGUCUUCCUUUGGUAGGCUGGGCAUUGCCACGCGGUGGUGGAGGCAAGGCCGCCCACGGCGACUAUGCCCCCAUCAUCCCUAACUCGGGCAAGAUGGUUCUCGAGUGGAUACGUGCCUGUAGACCUCACUAUGAAGCAGCUGGAGUCGAGCCCAUGGUGGACUUUUUCAUGCACGAACGGCACGUAAUCAUGGUCAACAUGUUCACCUUCAACCAGGAAGACCCCGAUCAUCGAAACAAGAUACACAAGCUUUACCACAACUUCCACGCCGAGAGCAAGAAGCGAGGCUAUGGCAUGUACCGCGCACAUGUCAACCACAUGGAUCUCAUCGCGGGCUUGAGCGAUUUCAACAAUCACGCGUACAACCGCUUCAUCGAGAAGCUCAAGGACGCUGUCGACCCGAAUGGUAUCCUGGCACCUGGAAAAUCCGGGAUCUGGCCCGAAAGGUACCGGCAUCUAAGGGAAGGUGGAGCAAUUCUGGAGAAGCAGGCUAGUCAUUUGUAG